GAGGGAGCUUGGAGAUCGCAACGACCUGGGUCCCCUCGCAGGCGCCGCACAUUCUCGGACCAGUGGUCGCAUCUCUCCGAGCAGCAACCCCCUCCUCGGGAAAACGAGAGAGCGUUUGCGGGGCUCUCCUGGUUGAGAUCUGACACAGCGCGCCCGGCCCCUGGCAGGUGCACCGCAAACUGACAGCCUUCCCGCCCCUCAGUCUCCCGCUCAGUGAAACGGGAACCAGUUCAAGAAGGUCAGGGAAUCCAGGAGCCCAGGGGCCGCAGGAUCGGGCAGGAUGAGGGGCGGCAGAACCAGACAGCAGCCUUGGACUCAAGUAUGGCCAUGAGGACAAAUGAGCAGUGCUGAAGACCCAGCCUGGCUCCAGCUGCAUCAAAAGGCCUCCAGCACCUCAGAACCCUUCUGUGGCCCGCAGGAUGGGAGCCUGGGUGCUGGCCCGGCCAUGAGGGAUGACUGCCCCUCCCAACAAAAGGCCAGCCCUGCACCCCUCAAUCACAUCCCUGACCAAAGCCCAGGCAUGGACUCUAGACACAGUGACCCCAGUGGGGCUGGGAAAGGAGCCUCUUGCUCUGAGGGGCCUUCUGGGAGCUCGGUCUGCCCCUCUUCCAUCUGCAUCCCUCCCCAAGAGGCAGUCACCAAGGAGACACUAGGGGCACAUGGAGCCUCAACCUCAGGGAUCCCAGAAACCACCUUGCCUGGGAAACCAGACCCUGCAUCCUCAGUGAAAACUGAUCCCAUGUCCUCAGAAGGCAGAAAUCCCAUGUUCUUGGAGAAGAUGUAUUCCAAGUCCUCACAGCAAGUCGAUUCCACUUCCGCAGGCAAGGAAGAUGCUAGGUCCUCAGUGAAGGCAGAUCCCAUGCUGACAGGAAAGACAGAGCCUGUGAUCUCUGGAAAAGGGACUCCUGUGGCUCCUGGAAGGAUAGAUCCCAUGACUCCAAGGAAGGGAGAUCUUGGAUCCUUAGGAAAAGUAGAUCUGACAUGCUCCAGCAAGGUGGACACAAUGUCAACCAUGAAGGAGGAUCCUGGGUCUUUGAGAAAGACAGACCCUGUAUCUUCAGACAAUGUGGAUCUUGCAUCCCCCAGAAAGGAGGAGCCCAAGUGUUUUACAACAGAGCACGCUGUGUCCUCAGAAAAGGUGGGAAAUACAUCCAAUGGAAAAGUAGAUCUUUUGUACUUGGAAAAGAGACAUUCUGGGCCUUCAGGGAAGGUGAAUCCUGUUUCCUUGGAGAACACAGAUUCUGUGUCCACAGAAAAGACAGAUCCUGCACUCUUGGAGAAGCUGACUCCAGGGUCAUCAGGAAAGACAGAGCCUGUGUCCUCUGGAACAGUGGCUCCUGAGUCCUUGGGAAAGGUGGAUUCUACACACUUGGGGACAACAGAUCUUGCAUACAUGGGCAGUGCAGAAACUGUGUCCUCUGUAAAAGAGGACCCUCAGUUCCUGGGAAAGAUGGACCUCGCCUCCUCAGGAGAAGGACGUCCCAUGACUAUGGGAAUGACAAAAACGGUGUCUGCUGGACAGGUGGAUCCUGUGUUUUCAGGAAAGAUGGAUCCCACAUCUGUGAAAAGUAUAGACCCUGUGUCUUCAAGCAAGAUGGAUCCAGUCUCCUUGGGAAAAGCAGAUCCCAUGUCCUCAGGAAAGCCAGAGCCCUUGUCUGGCUCAACAGGACAGGCACAACACGUGUCUGCGGGGAAGACAGAAACUGUAUGCCCAGGAAAAGAGGACCCAGUGUCCUCCAAAAGGGUGGAUCCCCCAGUCGUGGAAAGCAUAAAACCAUCACCUUCUGGAAAACUGAACCCUGAGUCUUCAGGAAAGACGGACCCUGUGUCCUCAGGUCCAGGGGAUCCCAGAUCCCUCGGGUCUCAGGGUCCCGCAUCAGCGGUAAAAGGUGAGAGGAAAGGAGAUCCACAGUCCUCGGAGAAGGCAGGUCCCAAAGCCUCAGGAAAGACGGAUCCCCCAGUCUCUGGCACAGCAGAUCCCGCGGCCAGGGGAAAGGUAGAAACUGUCCCUUCUGGAGACAUGGCCUCCGUGUCUUUAGGAAAGGUGGCCCCCACAGGCCCAGGAAAAACAGUCCUGGGGAAGGUGGAUCCCAUGAACCCCGGAAAGGUAGAAGCUGCCCCAGAGGAAAAGGUGGAUCCUAAAGAGAAGGAGAAUCUUGUGAACUCCACAAAGGUGGAAACCAAGGCCUUGGGGAGAGUGGAGCAGAAGGCUGGGGGCAAAGCAGAAACAAAGGUCUCUGGGCACGAGGGUGCCUCAUCAUCAGAAAAGGCAGAGGUAUGGUCUCUACAGAAGGAGCAGCCACAGGCCUCUAAGAAGGUAGAUCCUGCGCUCUUAGGAAAAGCAGAGCUCCUUGGAUCUGGGAAGGUAGAGUCUGCGUCCCAGGGGAAGGCUGACUCCAAAUCUCCGAGAAAAGCAGAGUCCCCGUCCUCCGGAAAGGGGGUCCUUCUGUCCCCGGAAAAGGCCAUGCCCUCUUCCAGGCAAUCAGAUGGCAAACCCUGCGGCUCUGCCCUGUUUUCCGGGGCUGGCAGGAGCCGCGGUAUGGAGCCACAGCCCGUCCCCAGCACAGAGGCCUCCAGCCUGGGCCAGAAAGAGCUGGCGGCCGCGGCCGAGACAGGCCCUCGAGCGGAGGCCGCAGCGCCCCCUCAGGGGCCACGGACUCGUGACAACUUCACCAAGGCGCCAUCGUGGGACGCGAGCGCGCCGCCGCCACCGCGCGAAGACGCGGGGACACAGGCGGGCUCUCAGGCCUGCGUGUCGGUGGCCGUGAGCCCCAUGUCUCCGCAGGACGGCGCGGGCGGCCCGGCCUUCAGCUUCCAGGCGGCACCGCGCGCGCCCAGCCCAGCGCCCAGGCCACCUUCGCGCCGGGACGCAGGCCUGCAGGUGUCGCUGGGCGCCGCCGAGACGCGCUCGGUGGCCACCGGGCCCAUGACGCCACAGGCUGCUGCACCGCCCGCCGCGCCCCCUGCUUUCCCCGAAGUGCGGGUGCGGCCGGGUUCGGCGCUGGCUGCCGCCUUGGCGCCCCAGGAGGCGGCUGAGCCAGUGCGCGACGUGAGCUGGGACGAGAAGGGCAUGACGUGGGAGGUGUACGGCGCCUCCAUGGAAGUAGAAGUGUUGGGCAUGGCCAUCCAGAAGCAUUUGGAGCGGCAGAUCGAGGAGCAUGGCCGCCAAGGGGCGCCUGCGCCUCUGCCCGCCACGCGCGCAGGCCCGGGUCGUGCUGGCUCCGUGCGCGCCGCGCCCCCAGACGGCGCGGCCAAACGCCCACCCGGCCUCUUCCGCGCGCUGCUGCAGAGCGUGCGCCGGCCGCGGUGCUGCUCGCGGGCGGGACCCACGGCCGAAUGAGCUGCCCCCGUUUUGUAUACCCGGGUCGCCGAGUAUCUCAGGCUCCCUGUUGGAUCCCAGGCCCCUAGAAGGGGUCCCCUCGGCGUGUGAUAGUACUCCGAGGGGGUGGCAGCCUCGAGGGGCUCCUCAUCCCCGUCUUUCCCACACAAAUGAGCCCCUUCUGCCCAGCCCCUUGGUGGCCAUGAGCUCAUAAACCCAGCCCUGCCGCCCCCUUGUGCCCUCUCAGCCCUCAGCUACUCUCUCUCCUGGUCACACUGGGCGAGGCGGGGGCCUGCUAGGCACCCCUACUUCCCACCCCCGAGAGCUGAGGCAGGCUCCUGAGAUGGUCAGCCUGGGACACUGAGGUCUCCAGGGGGCCUCACCCCAAGAGCUGGGAAAGACUGCAUGCAAAUCUGUGAGUGAUCCUCCAUGAGUGCAAGGACUCGUGUGCAAGGCCCCGAGUGUGCCGAGCUCGGAAUGUGAGGCCCUGGCGGCCCCUGAGCUCCUGGACGUGAGCGUGAGUGCAUCUCCACACAGUGCUACAGCCCCAUGGGUGGGAGUCUCUUGCAUGCUGUUGGUGGUCCUUCCCCAACUCCCCUCUCCCACCCACCUGGCCCUGUCCCCCAGCCCUAUCUCCUCUCUGACACCUCCUUCCUGACAACCUUACCCCCCCACCCCCACACCCCUGGUUGGUUCACAAUUCCCAGAGGGGGCAAAGGCCAAGAAGUGCCCUGGGGCCUCAGCUGAGAGGGACAGCACAGGAAGGACAGAGGAUCUAAGACAGGAGUGGAGGUCACAGUGAGACUCACAGGUGACCUCUGGCCUCCGCAGCUUGGGUGAUAGCUGGUCUUGGCUGUUGCAGACAGGAUGGAGCGCUUAUUCUGCAACCACAGUUGUCCUUUAAACACCACCCUCUUCAGCCCCUUGUCCCCCCAUGUGCAAGUGAGCCCCCAAAAGUCCCUUGUGACCACUCAGUGCCCUUGUCCCCACCCCUCCAGCCUUGAUUUUUUGGCUACAACUGUCACAGUAUACAUUGGUAAUAAAAUCUUUCCCCAA